GUUAAAGGUCAACAAGUCAUGUGAUAUUGUUUUUAUACCACCCAUCCAAAACAAAGAUUUUCGAAUGUCCUGAAUCACGUUACUUUUUCAAGAGAAAAGAUUUCUGACGCAGUAAGCAACUUUAAACCAAAGUUAAUCAAUAUCCAAAAGGAUGCCAUGGCAACCACUUCUGUUUGAUGUACCUCCAUCGAAUAUCUCGGACAACUGCAGCCAAGGGGUGCAGUGGAUCUACCAUGUGCUGCAGGACUGUGUGUAUGAUGCUCAAGGAAUUGCAUCUGAAAUUCUGGGCCUGGCCUCAAUUGUCACAUGGAUGAUAGUCAGUAUACCGCAGAUGAUUAAAAACUUUCGAGACAUCAAAGGCAUCCAGGGGAUUUCCCUGCUGCUCAUUCUCAUGUGGACACUUGGGGAUACUGCAAAUUUAGUUGGAGGCAUUCUUACCAAGCAACUGCCACUACAGAUCUACCUUGCUGUGUAUUUUGUGUUUGCCGAUCUGGUGCUAUUUGCCCAGUUCCUCUACUACAACUGCUACUGGAAGAAAAAGUAUAAAGACUAUGAACCAAUCCCCUCUACCUCAACUAAGUCAGUCGGAGUUGGGACCAGCAAUGGCAAUGUAUCACAGAUCGUAUUGUGUAUAUCCGGUGCGAUGACACUGUGUUUACACAAGUCCUUUCAGAUAUACAACAGUUCACACGAGUCUAGUCUCAUACACCAGCCGGCUGGCAGAUCUCUGUUAUCCACUGAUUUGAAGUACCAUAUACAUAUAUUUCAUAAUUUAGAGGACGAGGUUGGUUAUGGGAUUGGUGUGGUAUCUAGUGUUUUCUACACCGUUUCACGAGUUGGGCAGAUGUUUAAAAAUUACAAACGCCAGUCCACGGACGGUCUGUCGAUCAUGAUGUUUAUCCUGGCUGUGCUUGGUAAUCUCACCUAUGGUCUCUCUAUCCUUGUGCGUCAGCUCGAUGUCAACUACAUACUUAAACACCUGCCGUGGCUCAUCGGAAGUCUUGGAGUUAUCUUCCUUGACCUCUCUUUAUUAGUCCAGUUCAAGUACUACGAGAAGACUGAUGAUAUGAACAGCCUCCUCAAACAGCCAAUAUUGAAUGAUACUGUACUGCCAGAUGAGGUUGAGGUGUAUGUUCCAGCUCAUAGGGAUCAUUCUGCAUCAGUCAACAGUAUCACUACGGCAUCAGUCAACAGUUACACUAUAAAUUAAUUAUUGUAUUAUUAUCUAGUUGUUAGUAUCCUGAAUCAUUUGUCACUUUUUUGUGUUAUUAUUUUUGCCUGAUUCUACCUUAAAAUGACAUCAAAUGGACCAGAUUAUACCUGUAGAUUGGAUAAGUCAGCAAGAGGAUUAAAUGUUAUUUGCUCAUUUAGCAGUUUAUAAUGAAUUUACCAUUUUGUAAUGUUUUAAUGCAUUUAUUUGUUUUAACUUACAAGUAAUUUAUAAUUUGAUUUUAAUAGCUAUUGUUUAAAUUGUUUAUAUUUAAAUCAGGCAUUUAAGUCUAUUUCUCGAAAAUUUGUGAUAGUGUAGCCAGUACUUGCCUUGUUGAUAGUGUAGCCAGUACUUGCCUUGUUGUUUGCUGUUUUUAUUGAUGUUUCAACGCUGAUACAAGGCAUACUUCAUAAUGUUGAAACUAUGGUGCUUUAAACACAAUAAUUACUGAUUGUAUUAUCUUACCAUGCUGUCAACACGCUAUUACAAUACAAGGUAUUUUUGAUUUUAUGUUGUUUAAAGUAUGGUGCUCCAUACACAAUAAUUACAUUAUAUAUUUUAUGAUAUUUUAGUACAUAUUUUUUAAUAUUUUUUGUGCACUUUUUAUGUUCUACCUGAACUCAAAAAUCUCCACAACUUUUUAUUCACAAGACCAGAAAAAUAUUAUUUCAUAUCUGACCUAUGUCAAUUCUUUCAGGGCCCAUUUUGGGAUUGUAACUCAGUGUGUACAAUAUUGGCAGGGGUUGUAUUCACUUAAGUCAGACUCAGACUCAGCAUAAUGUAACUUUAUUUGUGUUGUAACAAUGCUAUUAUAGGACCAAAUAUUCUUAAAAAAUUGGUGUACAUGAUACAAAUAAUCUGCACUAAAAGCAGGCACAAUAUUUCAACUAAAUUAGUUAUAUUAUAGAUAUUUCGGAACAUUUAAGAAUUCAGUUUUCUGAGCCUUAUUCUAAAACUGAGACCUAGUGAAUUUGACCCCGGUAGUUUAUACAAAAACAUAAAAUCACACUUUUUUGACGAUUUCUUCAGAAACAUGUUUGUGCGUUAAUUUAAUUACAUUUAUAAACAAUGUAAAGUUUUGCCUACCAUCUAUUCACCAAAUUAUAACAGUUUGCUAUUUUUACGCUCGCCAAUUUACCAACUAGCAGUUAACUGUCAAGAAACUUAUGCCUGUCUUGCACUACGCCAAAGAUGAUAAGAAUAUUUGAAACUGCAAGGACUGAAUUUUGAUAUAGUGUUAGAUGUGUUAACAGCAACUUGACAUCACUGAAAUUGUUUAAUGAAGCAAAUGAGGGGAAAAUAUGGAGACUGGUUAUAAAGUUUGACAUAAUAAAAAAUAAGAUAUCACAGUUUGACAUUACAGGUUUCCGUAGUAUAUUAAUUAUGUUGAAAUGCAAAUACUUACUUUUUAGGGUUACUUUUAUUUUUAUCUCAUUUCUUUUGCUCUUUUUGAUAAUAAUAAUUAUGAGAAUAAGAAUAAAUGUUCAUGAUUAUAAUAUGAAAGUAUUUCAUGAAUAUCAAUUUCAUAGAAACUGCUUGCAAAAUCAUAUGUUCAUCAACACCCUUGCCGUGUCAUAAAAUCUCCACAAAAUCUUACAUUGCUUUUAUCUCAUGACUAUAUAUAACUAUUCACGCUAUCGGGUACAUAUAUUUUACUUUUACUUUGUCUACAUUCCUUUAUCUGAAUAUGGCUGAGUCAGGUAAAACAUACAAUCCCCAGGUUGAAGGAAAUUAUUUCCUUAGUAGAUGGGGGGGGGGGGUCUUUAUUUCCUAAUUUGGACCCCAAAAUGGUACAUUUGCUUCUGUAGAAUUUAAAAGUGCAUCCCCCCCCCCCCCCCUGGGGGUUUUUAUGUUGAAAUGAAAUAGCCCUAAAUAGUGAGUAUGAUUACUUAUGAGAACAUAGUUGUGAUUGAACAUGUGUGUGUGUGGAACUUUACAUUGUACAUUGAAAUAGGCGGCGAGUUGUGUAUGCAGAAGUGCGACAAAGUGCUAUUUGUGAGCCCUCUUUACUCAUCCUCGCCACCCCAGUGUAUCAUAACCUAUGUAAUAUUAUAGGUUAUGAUACACUGGUGUGCCUAGCAUGUCUUUACUUAGAAAGUGCCACAUAGCGCUAUGUGUGAGCCUUACUUCCCAAUCGACAAUAAAAAAAACCCAACAUAUAUAUACACAUAGGUUAAACUCUCUUCUUACGUACUUUUGUAUAACAGUUUGUUGAAUGUAUUUCACUUUAUUAUUUGAUAUGGAACAACUUUAGUAACUUGCCCAUGAAUUUUGUGGAAAAAGCUCUUAAUUCUGAGUAGAAAUUUAAUUUUAAAAAUUGUUACAGAAGUUUAUUUUUAAACUGUUUUAUUUUAAGAGUUCUGUUCCUUUUAAAGUAUUGUUGUUUACAAUAUAAACUAUCACAUAUUAAUUUGAUGAUAUACUAGAUUAAAAAACAGAAGGUUAUGAUUAAUUUUAUGUAAUUCUCUUUAAUAUAAUUAAUAUGCACAUGCAUAUUAUAUUAAUAAUGGAUGUAUUUUUAAAUCUUCCCAGGAAACAGACACAAGUGUGAUCUAACUUUCGUUACAAUCGAGCUAAAAUAAAUUUAUAUCAACUAAUUGAUACAUGUUUUAAGGUUUAUAGAACAAAAUUCCUUAUCGAUGUUAUGAUGAUUCAUGGAAAUGUUUAAAUGUUAUUUUUUGUCUUGUGCAAUAUUGAUAUGUUAAAUGUUUUACCAAAAUGAUGUUUCAUAUGACUUACCGUUGUAAUUUUUUCAGCGAUUAUUAUCAAAAUAAGCUGUGAUUGAGUGUGUUGUUUUGCUUACAUGUAUUUACUUGAUAUUUGAAUCACAAAUAAAAACAUUUGAGCUUU